AUGCUAUUUCAAAUUUUCAUUUUUUAUUACUUAAUCAUGACUCCUAAGCUUCCAUCUGCGCGCAAACGCGGUAGGCCGUCACUGAACGGCGCCUCAUCAUCACCAGAUUAUCCAACCCAGCGAGCGUUACACGCAGCGCAGCGCAUUCAUCAAGCCUGUGGCAUGUGGCCAACUGAGUUCUGCAAAGGUUUUGUACCUGAGACUUGGGGUAUUCGACUUAUUGAGGGCCUUUCCGCAUUGGUCUCUCUGGUAGUUGCUGCUGAGAACGUGGAGCUCGGCGAGGUGCGCCAUAGAUUGAAGGUUUUCGCUACUAGCCAUCCGAGCUCAGAUCGCCCGCGACUUCGUAAGUCAGAUAUCGCAAAAGUGCGAAAGUGGUUACGCAGGAUGGGAAUUGAUACUAAACAAACACGGCGAUGGAAUGGGCGUGCGGAUGAUCAAGUUGAUGAGGAUGAGACUGCGGACAGUGGAGGAACCGAGUCAAACUCUGAAGCGGUUGAUGAGAUUAUCGCGUUAGGCCCUCGAGAAGAUCUCAGCGAAUAUGAAGAUGAAGAUGAAGAAGAGACUGAAGAAGAUCCCGACUUGACAGUCGAAGAGGAAGAGAGCGCCCCUCAUGAACGAAACCUUUGGUCACGAAACAGAGACAUCGGUGAUAUUCCAGAUGAUGAGCCUAUGGAGGACACCAUGGCGGCCAAUCCCAGGUCUGCGCCCGCCAAAAUCAAUGGGCAAUCCAGAGGCAGUCCUGUCGCCUCCGUCUCCAGCUCCGGCUCCAACGCAGCCGAGUCAAGCGCCCGCCCUCGGCGCAGCUUUCGACCACCAUCUCGCUUGGUUUAUGAUACCCCCCAGAGCUCUAUUCGCCGCCCAGAGGGACCAGAUGAACAAGUUUCGGAGUCUUCUGCUGCUACAACUCCGCGGGCUUUUCAAAGCUCGACGCAGCCGCGCGAACCACCAAGCUCCCAAAUGAUGGCCCCUCUCCCCUCUGCUUCUCGGAACGCCCAGGGUGCUCAACGAUCUGGUGUGCAACCGCUCAAGCAAAAAGCGUCAUCUGUUCCGGGCAAUCCUCAGACUCCCGUGUUUCUUCCUGCGACAACUCCACAGGGCACUAUGCACCCUCCGCAACCACCAGGCAGCCAGGGAUCAGCAACCGCGGCUCAGAACUCUAUACAACUUCGUGCACAAUCAGCAGAAUCUCUACCUACACCCCAGAGCGCGCGACAGCCUGACCAACGAUCAAGUAGCCAGCCAUCAAUGGCUGCUACGAGUUCUCAAAGCUCCUCUUCUCCUCGCGCACAAGCAAGCUCGCAGCCAGCACUGUCUCGUCGUACCAGUACUACUUCUCAGACCUCCCAGAGCUCUCAGCAGCAACCGAAUCACCGACCAUCGGCGUCUACCAAUGCGACUCCUCAAGCAUCUCUAUACUUCCACCUAGGAGGCAGUGAACCAUCGACACCUCGUCCCAUCGCCCCGGCUGGGGUUAACAAGCGCCCUGCUCCGUCAUCGCCAGUAAACACAUUUAUAUCUACCAACAACUUCGUCAACCAGACAGCGGCGAGCAUUUCAGAAUCACUCACAGCCUCUUCAACCAAAAGACGAAAGACUGCUGACGUUCGACGCCCAAGUUCACAGGUGACUGGAUCAUUGGAUUGGAACGCUCUUCUUGUGAGCAACAUUUGCAAAUACAGUCAAUCCGAUGAGGUCGUCAUAAACUAA